GCUGGUGUUUUCCCUGGUAUUUAUUAUUGGAAUGACUCUUUUGCUUAUCAAGUUGUGCUUUUCAGUAUAGAACUGCUGCAAUUGAAGGAAUUCGAUGGUCCCUUUAAAUUUUAUUUCUUUGCAGAUUGCUUUCACCCGGAAGAAGGAUUUUGGAAAAGAACAACGCGAACUUCAAUGGGCACAUGCACAGAGAACCCUUCACGGGCUCCAAGUUCCAGACCCCAAAAGAUUUAGCGAAACUACCAAUUUCAAUGAGCUUAAUCAGUUGGCUGAGGAUGCGAAGAGGAGAGCUGAAAUUGCUAGGCUGCGUGAGUUGCAUACACUGAAAGGUCAUGUUGAAUCAGUGGUGAAGUUGAAGGGUCUUGACAUUGAGACAAUUCAGCAGGCAUACACCGUUUAAAGAGAAGUCUGUUUGGGAGGUUUAAUUUAUCUGUUGUGAUAGUCAUCAGAAUGUUAUAGUGAGUUACCUUUGAAACAGCAUGUUCUUAAUAGUGCCUUAUAGAUUAGCGGAGUACUAUUUUUGAAGUUGUUAUUUGCCUUUUCCUGCCUUGAUGUCCCGUAGCUCCUGUAGAUGUUGUAUUGACCCAGAAUGAUGAACAUCAAGUGAUGCCAGCAUUCGUUGUCUAUAUUCGUAAAAGCUUUUUUCUAAUUAUAUUUCCUUGUUUCGCAUCCACUAUAUGUUGUACUUGUUUCACUUCAUUUCUUGGCUUCAUAUAAUAAGCAGAGCAUUGUGUCCACUUCUUUUGUUGGCUUUCAUUCUUCAGCUUGAUGCUAGGUUCUGUUUUCCUUCUCCUUUUUCCUCUUCUUUUUAGUUUUCACUUUACUUUAUUGUAUGCCCUUACCUUAUUCCGUCCCUGGAAAUCACAGUGGUAGAUGCAAUGAUUUCGUGAGAUGAGUUGCUUUCACUCUCUAAGUUAAGAAAAUAUGUUGGCUGUCCGAGCCAAGAGAAUGUAUAUGUGCACACGUGUGUGAGACUUCUUUUUCCAUUGAAACUGAAAGUGAGAUUUUUUCGUAGCUAUCAAGCGAUGUUUAGGAAAGAAAUAAAAUUAGUCCACCCUGCAGCUUGACUUGAGUUGUUCAUUGAGGAAUUCUUUCAUAAAU